AUGGAGACCAGACCUGCCUAUGAGAGGACUCUUGAAGAGUCCCAGCUCUUUGAGCAUCUUCCGAAUGAGGUAGCGGAACUCAUUCGCACAUCUUCGGGGACUCAGUACCUCAAUGCGCUUGCGGUUGGUGCAUUGCGAUCAAAAUGUACAGAAGGCUUUUUCUGCCUAUAUGAGCCGAUCUUUGUGGAUCUGGCAGCAAGAUGGCUUGCUUCAGACUUUCAUAAUAACCAAGUCGACAUUAUCUCCGCUUUUUCACGAAUCCUACCGUUUGCGCCAUUUCUUGCUUCUUUCGCAAGCCAAUAUGCUAGUUCUCGGGCUGGACCUCUAUCCGUUUUGGCUGCAUCUGACGAGGCAACGCUUCUGCAAUUAGAUGAUACCACUAUUCGCACACUAUUAUUGUCGGUCUUUAGACUUCUCUCAUAUGACUUAGAGACUUUCUCGAGUACCAUCUCGCCGUCACGCCUUCAAUCCCUCUUCCAACAUCCAGACCCCUCCAUACGGUAUCUUGCGAUUCGAUGUUUUGCCUUGUAUAUGCACGCAGCGGAUGCUGCCACUGAGAAAAUGGUUCAGAAGUAUAUUGGUGCCGAUGUUAUUGAAGGUGAAUGGGAAGGGAUCGUGAUCGACUAUCGCUGCCUUGGUUUGUGGGAAGAGCGUCGGUGGGGUACUCUGGAGAAACAGACACGAAUUGCACGGUCAGGUCGGUCGGUCGAGGACAUUCUAUCACAAGUUGAGAAGCUCCGGGAGUAUUUCACGCCCCGGACUGCUGAAGUCUGCGGUGUUCUUAUUCCUCGACUAAAUGAGAUGCCAACCCCAGCAUCUUCAAUUGUGAAAGCGCCUACCGCUGUGAGGAAUCUUCGUAGGAUCGCGACGGCAUUGACUGCCUCGAAUCCCUUGCUAUUAGUUGGUUUACCGAAUUCUGGCAAGACUUCUUUGGUCAAUGACGUUGCCGCAACCAUGGGCCAGUCUGAAUCUAUGGUUACCUUACAUCUAAAUGAGCAGACGGAUGCUAAGAGUCUUCUUGGGAUGUACUCAACGUCCCCUGCCACUGGCUCAUUUUCAUGGCAACCAGGCGUAUUGACUAAAGCAGCCAGGGAAGGCCGAUGGAUUCUAAUCGAGGAUUUAGACCGUGCACCUUCUGAAGUUAUCGGUCUUAUCUUGCCUAUCAUCGAGAAAGGAGAAUUGACUAUAGCAAGUAGAAAAGAACGGAUAAAGUGCGCUGAGGGGUUCAAGAUCAUUGCGACCAUGAAGUCAUCAUAUAAUAUCGCAGGCGAAGAAGUCGCUCCAAGCACAACAAUCCUGGGAAGCAGAUUGUGGCAGAGGGUUCACAUCGAACCCCUCUCAAUUGACGAAAUCCAAGAAGUCAUUACGCAAAAAUUCCCACUUCUUGAGUCUCGGGUUCCGACUAUCAUGAAUGUUUACCAAAGGCUUUGCUCUUCUUUUCACGGAAGCCUCGCGAUCAAGAGCUCUCAAGGCCGGACUCCAGGUCUCCGUGAUCUUAUCAAACUCUGUAGCCGGAUGCAUAGGCGACUGCAGCGUCUAGGAGCUAAGACUGGCUAUGAAGCUAUGCCGGAAGGUGCUGAGGAUGAAAUAUUCUUGGAUGUUGUGGACAUAUUCCUCAGUUACAUCCCAGAAAAAUCAUUGGCAGAGUCACUUGCCCUAGUUGCCGCGGAGGCGCUUCAGAUAUCACCACAGCGAGCACAGUUCUGCCUUAGUGAACGAAUUCCCGCGUAUUCCGAUCAGGGUAAUAACAUAGUGCUCGGUAGAGAAGUCUGCCGAAAGAUCAAGGUACCCAGCGGUUCAGUUUCCAGGUCAUCAACGCGUUUUGCUUCAACCAGAGCUGCGUUGAAGCUUAUGGAACAGGCUGCAGCUGCCAUACAAAUGGCGGAGCCUAUGCUCCUUGUCGGAGAGACAGGUAUUGGAAAGACAACGAAGCUCACAGUUGUGAACUUGUCGCAGCAGAGUGAAAGUAGUGAUUUGCUAGGUGGUUUCAAGCCUGUUAAUAUCCGUACAAUGGCUGUUCCCAUGCUUGACGAAUUCAAUGCUAACCAGAAAUUCUUGUCGUCCGUUGCAAAAAGCGUCGCUUCAGGAAACUGGGCACGGUUGGUACAUCUUUGGCACGAAGCUGUUCGGUUAGCCGAUGGUGUCUUCAAAUCUAGUAACGGGCCCUCCCAAGAGGGUGAGGAGCAACCCACGAAGAAAAGGAAGUUGGACUCGCCCAAGUACCAGCAUUUGCGGCAGAGAUGGGAAAGGUUCGCAGGACAAUUGAAUGACUUCGAGGCUCAGGUGGCUCAGGGUGAUGCCAAGUUUGCCUUCGCUUUUGUGCAGGGAAAGAUUGUGAGGGCGUUACGAAAUGGCGAAUGGGUCCUCCUCGAUGAGAUUAAUUUGGCCUCACCGGACACUCUUGAGAACAUUGCUAGCCUUCUACACCACGGCACUGAAGGCUCACCAUCUGUCCUGCUUUCCGAGGCUGGUGAUGUGGAAAGGGUAUUUGGACAUCCGGACUUUCGCAUAUUUGGCGCUAUGAACCCUGCUACAGACGCAGGAAAGAAGGAUCUUCCUCCUGGUCUUCGCUCCCGUGACCGGGAUGAUCUUCUUGCUCUGAUCCAGAAAAUCGCACCAGAUCUUGCGCAGCUCUAUCUGGAAACGAAGAAGCUCAGCAACGAAAACAAGCUUACAGAUGGGGCUGGACAACGCCCACACUUUAGUAUAAGAACUCUUGUUCGUGCCCUUAUCUAUGUCAUUGAUCACGCGCAUGUCUAUGGCCUACGCCGAGCAGUUUUCGAAGGAUUCUCCAUGAGCUUCCUGACUGUUUUGAGCCAAGAGUCGGAGAGACUGCUGCUGCCACUUCUUGAGACACACCUUUUUAGCAGUGCAAAGAACGCCAGAGCACUUCUCGGCCAGACGCCUAAGCCUCCAACCGAUGGCUUCGACUAUGUCCAGUUCAAGCAUUACUGGAUGCGACGUGGGCACUUGGUUCCAGAGGAACAACCACAUUACAUUAUAACACCUUUCAUAGAGAAAAACCUCAAGAACCUGGGCCCAACUUCUGCUGGAAAAACAAGCAUGAUUGAGUACCUGGCGAAGGUUUCCGGAAACAAGUUUGUUCAAUACCUAGGCUCGUAUGGCGUUCUCGUGGAGGCACUCAGAAACGGGUAUUGGAUUGUACUCGAUGAACUCAACUUGGCACCGUCGGACGUCCUGGAGGCAUUGAAUCGACUUCUAGACGAUAACCGCGAACUUUUCAUACCAGAGACCCAGGAAGUUGUUCACCCACAUCCAAAUUUCAUGCUGUUUGCGACCCAAAAUCCAGCUGGUCUUUAUGGCGGUCGUAAAGUUCUGUCCCGGGCUUUCCGGAAUCAGAGUGAGUUGGAAUUCAUCCUCAAGGAACGCUCCCAAAUUGCACCUUCAUUCUGUGCUAGAAUAGUGUCUGUCUACCGGAAGCUGUCUCUACUGCGUCAAGCCAACAGACUCUUUGAGCAGAAAAACAGUUUUGCUACUCUACAUGAUCGCGAGCAGUUAGCGAUAAACGGUUUUAUGGCAGCUGUGAAGAGUGUGAUUGAAGAGGUCAUGCGAGUUCGUAUAGAUGAAGAUGUGGUGUAUAGUGCUUCCGAAUUGGAGAAGCGUGCGCCUCAUCUUCCCACCGGGGUCGUCUGGACCAAAGCAAUGAGGAGGUUGUUCAUCUUGGUGUCCGUUGCACUUGAGAACAAUGAACCAGUUCUACUGGUAGGAGAAACCGGUUGUGGAAAGACACAGCUCUGUCAAGCAGUCGCAGAAGCCUAUAAAAGACAGUUGCUCAUUGUAAACGCCCAUGUGAAUCUUGAAACAGGCGAUCUCAUUGGUGCUCAACGGCCUGUAAGGAACAGGGGGGCUAUUGAACAUCAGCUAUCGAGUGAUCUUCAAGCAGUUCUUAAAGAAGGUGAACCUUUGCGACCAUUGGAAGAAAUGAGGCAGGUAUUUAGUUCACUUACUGCGGACCAAUUACAAUCCUGUGAUUCAGAACUUGUCCAGAGGAUCCAAACGAACAUUGCUCGUUUGAAUGCUCUCUUUGAAUGGUCUGAUGGAAGCCUGAUUACCGCCAUGAAGACUGGGCAAUACUUCCUCCUGGACGAAAUCUCCCUUGCCGAUGAUUCAGUGUUGGAAAGACUUAACAGUGUUUUAGAGCCUCAUAGGUCAAUUUUGCUUGCAGAAAAGGGACCCAUCAACUCUAUGGUAGUUGCUGACUCUGGGUUCCAAUUUCUGUCUACAAUGAAUCCUGGUGGUGAUUAUGGAAAACGCGAACUUUCAGCUGCUCUUCGUAAUCGAAUGACUGAAAUAUGGGCCCCUCAACUCUCUGAAGAUGAGGAUAUUCUUCCUAUCCUCCAGAGAAAGCUUGAACUGGACUCAGACCACAUUACCAAAGCAAUGCUAGAGUUUGCCAAGUGGUUCAAGUGUACCUUCCAAAAUUCCUCCACCACAUCACUUUCUCUUCGUGAUCUUCUCGCCUGGGUUGAUUUUGUCAACAAGUGCCGAACUGCGGAUCCUCUAUUCGCAGUAGUACAGGGUGCUGCUAUGGUGUUUAUAGACACAUUGGCGCUACAUGAUCUCGAGGGAAAUCGUCGACUCUGUCUUGAUAAGCUCCGUGAACUCUUUGAUUCGACCAUUGAGAUUGAAAACGGUUCUCUACGCGUAGGACCAUUUGCCCUUGAAAUGAACGGAAGCACAGAGCCAGACCCUCAAUUCAUCUUGGAUGCACCCACCACGAUAGCUAACUCAGUAAGAAUUGCUCGUGGUUUACAACUUUCGAAACCUAUCCUGCUUGAAGGAAGCCCCGGUGUCGGCAAAACUACACUGGUGACUGCCCUUGCCAAGGCACUGGGAAAGCCUCUGACACGUAUCAAUCUUUCGGAACAGACAGACCUCACAGACCUCUUUGGUUCCGAUGUCCCUGUGGAAGGAGGUGAUGUCGGUCAAUUUACUUGGCGAGACGCUCCGUUCUUGCAAGCAAUGCAACGCGGUGACUGGGUUCUCCUGGAUGAGAUGAACUUGGCAUCCCAAUCCGUUCUUGAGGGGUUGAAUGCCUGUUUGGAUCAUCGUCAAACGGUUUAUGUUGCUGAAUUAGAUCAAUCUUUCAAGAGACAUCCGGACUUCGUUCUUUUCGCUGCACAAAAUCCGCAUCACCAAGGUGGUGGCAGAAAGGGCCUUCCUGCCUCAUUCGUUAACAGAUUUACAGUCGUUUAUGCUGACAGCUUUACCGACACUGAUCUGAAAAGGAUAUGCGCAAAGCUCUUCCCUGGAAGUCCAUCUUGGCAGACAGACAAGCUAGUUGAUUUCGUGUCGUUGCUGAACAAAGCUAUUGUCAAUGAACGCCGAUUAGGGGCUGUAGGCGGUCCGUGGGAAAUCAACUUGCGAGACAUUCAAAGAUGGCUUCAGUUGGCAGACCGUGGGACCCUACAGGUAUCGGCCAAUAGCUUCCUUGACGUGAUAAUAUCACAGAGAUUCCGCUCCCAGGAUGACCGAGAUUUGGUCACUCGCUUGUAUAAGCAAGUCUUCAGCGAGGUCCCGGCGCCCAACAAGAGCUAUUACCAUAACCUUACGCCGGAAUACAUGCAGGUUGGGCUUGGUAUCAUGCAGAGAGAUCUAUACCUCCAACGAACCCAAGAAUCCCAGAUGAGAGUACUCCCAAGGGACCUCAGUGUCCUCGAGUCCCUUAUGCUGUGCAUAGAGCAGUCGUGGCCCAGUAUUUUGGUGGGACCGUCUGGAUGCGGAAAGACCACCCUGAUCAGAAAGCUCGCAGCUGUGAAUGGCGCAAGCUUAGUUGAAUUAGCUCUCAGUGCUGAUACCGAUACAAUGGAUCUGAUUGGUGGCUUUGAACAAAUUGACUAUCGAAGGGAGAUUUCGUCUCUCGUUCACGAUGUCUCUCUGUUCCUUCAACAACAGAUUCUUUCCAUAAAUUCAGCAGGAACAGCUCUGAACGAGACCCCCAUUGUAUUGGAGAUAUUCGAGAAACUGCAAAGGCCGGAUGCCUCUCUGGAAAGCAUUUGUACAUUCCUCACGAUGCUAAGCCAAACGUAUCCACAGACUGCUUUUGAUGAUAUGCUUCUCCGAGCCCAGACUCUGCUGGAAACAACAAAGCAGUCGGAUAAAAUGAAAGUUGGCUUCGAGUGGACGGAAGGUGUCCUGACUCAAGCUGUACAGCACGGCUACUGGGUUAUCCUGGACAAUGCAAAUCUGUGCAACCCAUCUGUUCUUGAUAGACUGAACUCUCUCACUGAACCAAAUGGAGCUCUUAUACUGAAUGAACAGCGCACUGAAGAUGGAUCAGCCCGUAUCAUCACACCGCAUCCGAACUUCCGUCUUUUCCUUACGAUGGAUUCUCGCCAUGGGGAAUUGUCCCGCGCAAUGCGGAAUCGUUGCGUUGAAAUAUGCUUUUUGCCACAGGAAGACGAGACUGCAGUCACUACGUCUGUGCCUGCCUACACCUGCGAAUCCUUCUUAUACCGUCUUCGGCCUCUUUGGAAUCUCGAGCCUUCGGCGAGUCCUGAUGAUAUCUCAAGGCUCCUCUGUGAAGUUUGCUUAGACCAUCUUUCAAUCAUGGACCUUGCCUACUUGCAGCAGUCACUAAAGUACUUCUUACCUUAUCACGGUAAAUCAGUGGGUGAUGUUCUUUCCUCCGCAAUGCAUCGAUAUGUAUCGGUUAUUCAUGGAAACUCGCACUGGAAACCCAUCGAAUCUACCAAGAAGGCCAUUGAGUUGAGCCGCGCUUCCUUCGCUAUUCAAGGCCCUUCACAGCCUCUUCAUCCUCUUGUGAACGAGCCGCUGGUCUCACUAUUGGCCAACGAAGUGCCCUACACUUCGCUAGUGACCCUGGCACAUCUCCAGGAGUCUAAACUUGACCUACAACUUCUAAAACAAGGUUUAUUGCAAGCGGAUGAAUCCGGGAAGCUUCUCAAACCCAGCCAGAUGAGUCGCUUAGAACGUUCUUUAGCAUCGGCACGGAUACCUUCAUUGAUGAAGGAUGCAACACAGCCGAUUGGUUCUUUCCUAUCUGACUGUGGCCAGGCAAUGUACGAUAUGAUUCAGAAUCUCGGGCAGGAUACUCUUCAGAACCCUCACAUAGCAAACGCUCUUCGAACUGUGCUCAACUUCUGCAUGGACAUUUUUAGACUGACUGCGGCGAAGGACAUCGACGAGGGCGAGUUUCAGGUCUAUCUUCAGAUUGGUAGAGAGCUGUGCGCUGCGUUAUCGAGCUCUUUCGAUCCUCUACAGCAAUUAGCCGUCGCUCUGUCCCAAGCGCUGAGUCGAUUCCAGGAGAGCUGGGCUUUGAAGACUGGGCUCAGUAUGCAAAGACUCUGGGAGUCGUGGAGACCUGCAACCCCUGCAACUGGAGGCCAACUGAAGUCUAUCCUAGACCUGGAAAGUGUGGCUUCUGAAUUUACAAAUAUCGCGACCAAGACUCAUCUUGAUCUAUCUCAAUUAAGCCAAGUGCGCAACUCUCUGGUCAACGCUCAACAAUCCAUUGUCCUGCAUGGUGCCGAUGAAGGGCAAUUAGUACAGAAUCUCAGACAGACAGUUAGUGAGCUGGCAAGCGUUGUACAACGCUCUGAUAUAAUUGCAUCCCCAUACUUCUCCAACGAAUUCGAAGCAUUGUGCCAAUACCAUGACAUUUUCACGCUCAUGCAUAACAGCAAAGCAGGGGACAAUGUGAUAAAGUCCAUCUUACCGUUACUGGCUGGCCGUGACGCACGACCAUUGAAUGUGUCAGCCUUCCAGACACAGGUUCCCGAGGUCCUCCACAGACUUGCUUUAUACUCCGGGUCUGAACACUCAUCAACAUUCGGUUCAGCCAUUAGUGGCACUUUGUCUCUCUCACUAUUAGAGAAGCUGACGAAUGUCGGUGUCACAAUCCUGGGUCAGAUGGACUCUCUGGAGGUGGAAAAGCAAACUCUUUCCAAGGCCUUGGCUCUAUCUUCUUGGGAGAUUGCUAUGGAUCAGCAUCUUGUGCUGAGGCAGGUAUCGUCGAAGCUAGCUAUGGAGCUAGUCAUUGCCCAUAAGGAAUUCUUCGAGCCUCAAUCUCUGGAGAAACUGGUCACUAUUCUCCGCACUGUUGAAGAGCAAGGCUACUGCGCCGAAUCUGGGUUGCUGAAUAUCCGCUUAGAAAAGAGUCUCCCAAGCGAUCAUUACUUCAAGAGCUUCGCAGAACAAGAACUUCCAAACCUCAUUGCGUUGUUGGCAACUAACUCAGUACAAAAGAACGACAAGUCAAUUCAGCACACUGGAGCAGCUGUAGUUCAAUUGGCUGCCAUUCUCCUGCGGCUUUACGUCCCAGACAAGCCAUUUGAUCCAUCGCUGGGAUUAGUUGUCCAAAGGCAAAGACAUAGCCAACGUUCUUCGGAACUUACAGAUAAGGCUACCGCCAUCGCUUCAUUCGAACGGGUGUUUUCUGGCCAACCCUCGAACAUCCGGCAUGACCUCAUUCAGGGUGAAUUGCGUGACCUUGGUUCUGCUCCUCCUCCUUCAUCGGUUACCCGACCUCAAGUUUCUGAGCUAAGCAUCCUGCACGGCGAAUUUACCAGCGUGAUAAAAUCAGUUCUUGAAAGGCUCCCUAAAGACAUGCUUGGCGCAACGAGCGAGAUCUCUUCAGAGUCUCAGAGUCUGGUGAAUUUACUCCGUGAUAAUAUCCACCAAUUGAGUCGACGUCUCAGCACCCACUAUAGAUCAUAUGAUGACAUAGUCGUUUCCGCUGUUCGCUUCCUUCAAAUCCUGGAUCUGGGACUUUUCCUAAUGUCCGGAAGAUCACAGCAGUCAAGCGAUGUGCAGGUGGUGGAUGCAAUCAGUGGAAGCACCCCAUUCCUUGGAGGCAUUCAUCACCCACUCUCGGAUCUGUACCAUCAGAAUUCAAAUAUAGACUCAAGACAUGCAAUUGACAUGUGGUUCCACGAACUAUCAUCUUUGAGAGUGGCCGAGAAUGCAGAUCCGGGAAUUCUUCACACUCAAGUUGGGCGCAAUGCUCUUCGCCGCCUGUUCGAACAGUUCCAUGGGUUAUGGAAAGCGAAACUACGGGAAGAUCAGGAGGAAGAGGCAAAGAAAGCGAGCCUUUACCAAUACAGAGGAUCCUGGGAAGACAGCGAGGAGGUUGAUGAGAAUGAGCUGCGUGAGCUCUUCCCUACUUAUGAAGAGGAGUCCGUUGAUGAUGGUAAAAGGCCAACUCGUCUUGAUCCCAAGAAUAUCUCGAUCCGACUUGCCUCGCUUCACGCAAACAUCUUCCAAUCAGAAGAUCCUGGGCGAGUCCUGACAGCUUACGUGAAGCAGUCUGCUCAGCUGUUGGCCUCGCUGUGGUCCGAGGGUGAUUCUUCAGUAACACAGGUGCAUCCUAGGGAUCAUCUCUCUGGUGUUCUUUUGUUGCUUGAGGAUUCUGUCCACAAGGAAAAUAAUUCCAAGAACACGUACAACUUCUAUGUGGACGCAAAUCCUGAUGAAGGCAGAAAGCUUGUAUCUCUAACAGUGGCAACAGAAUCACGUUUCUUACAGAUCCAGAGCGCCUGGCCGGAACAUGCAGUGCUUGCAGAUGUCAUCCUUUGCUGCAAGGAGAUACUCCAAUUCAAGCAUGCCGAGCCUGUCGCAAAAUUCCUCACCAAGCUUGAAAAGCUUCAUGGCCUUGUCCAUGAGUGGCAGCUUGUUGCAAGCAGAGAGUACUCAGCUGCUGGUGUCUAUGACGAGAUCACGAACUUGAUCAUUAACUGGCGACGUCUUGAAUUGUCGACCUGGGCAAGGCUUCUGGAUCUCGAGAAAGAAAAAUGUGUCCAGGAUGUCAGCCAAUGGUGGUUUGUGGCUUACGAAGCCAUUAUCGGAGCUCCUGUCCAACUCGCGGAAUCUGGUCAAACAGACCUGAGUGAGCAUACUCAAGAAGUGAUUGCCACGCUGGAGAACUUCUUCCGCUCAACCACCUUGGGUCAGUACAGCGAACGUUUGCUGCUCGUCAAGAACUUCCGGUCUCUGCUGUCGCUUUACAUUCAGGAUUUCCCUUGCCUGAAGCAAUUGGUGUCCGCACUAGAUAACUUCAUGCAGCAUUACACACAGUUCGGACCACCGGUGCACAAGCUACUCAAGGAGCGGAGGUCGACACUCGAAAAAGACAUCAAGGAACAAAUCCAGCUGGCCAGUUGGAAGGACACAAAUAUUGUAGCGCUCCGAGAAAGUGCGAAAAGGUCGCAUCAUAAACUGUUCAAACUCGUACGGAAAUACCGAGAAAUCUUGGCUCAACCUGUCCAGCAUAUCUUGGACCAAGAUAUGCCAGAUGACAAUGAGGAGCCUGGCUCCACUGACCAAGCAUUGAUCCUACCUUCAGCAAGUUUCCCAGAAGCGCUCGCCUUGUGCCAGAAGGAGAACAAAAUCUGGCAAAACAGACCGCCUCGGUUCAGGGAUCCUGAUGGCACCGUCAGCAACAUGGCUCACAUGUAUGUGUCUCUCUCGACAGAGUUUGACGUUUCGGAAGAUCUCGAUAGCUUCAUGAAGUACUUCUUAGAAAGCAUCAAGGAGUUCCGAUCACAAACUCCGAAGACCUUGACUGAGGAAAACAAGGAUGAUGUCCAACAUCUCAAGGUUCAAAAGCGCCGCUUCUAUGCUGAUACUUUGCGGCGGCUGCUAGAGAUGGGUGUCAAGCGUAAUGCUAGCACUAGCUUGAUUGAAGCACAGGCAUCUGUUGCACAAGUUCUUGCCAGCAGUCCGGCUCUUGAGGUUGGCUCUGUAACAACCACUGUCGUCAGAAGCUCCAAUCUCUAUUUCCACAGACUUCUGGACAUCCUUCCUCGGGUUCGCCAAGCGGCGCAUAAUUACUCGGAAGACCUCAGCAAUGUUGAAGUUUCAAGAAGCUCAGGGUCCGUUGAGCAUCUUUUGCAUUUGGUUAGAAAACAACGAGCAGCCAUAGCUCCAGCAAUGUCUGGUGUGGAAUCGCUCCAGUCAACACUCGUCAAGAUUUCAAACCUUUGGACAUCUAACCCUACCUCGGUCCUCAAGUCACGCCCCCAAUUUUCGAAUGAGGUUCGCGAUACAGCCAGAGCUGUAGCCUGGUUGACCCCUAUUCUUGGCCUCUCCAUGACAGUCGUGGAACUACACGCCAAGUUCUCCGGCAUCAACUCGUCGAACAUUGUGGAUGGCCUUCGCUCCUGGAAAGAAGUCUUCAGCAAGCUGCACAAGUCACUGGGUAGUCUGCCAGAGUUACCCCAUGGCGUAACUUCACAGCUACAUGUAGAGAUUCUGAAGGAAGCAUCUUCCUCCUUUGAUAAGCUAAACACUGACCUUACGGGCUGGGCCAAGAGCCGACCUGAUCUGUCAUUCGUCCUGAUGCAGCUAACUCCCUGGGCUCACGUUAGUAUUGAGCAAGCUGAGGGGUUGCAGUCUAAGAAUACUCUCGCUAUCGAGGAGUUUGAUGGCAGCCUGCUCACAGCAAUUGACAAGAUCCUCGUCAGUCUCCAGAAGCUGAAGGAGGUACCAUCACUGAUCGUAUCCCCGGGCUCAUUGUCACGGAGCGACGAGUUCUUCACCAGGGCUUUGAAGGCGGUUCAUUUGUCCGAUAUCACAAGCUCCCUGGAGUCUGUUUUGGAUCAGCUACAGGGCCUCAAGACACGUUCAAACUCUGGUCUUGCUCCUGCUGUCGCAUUGGUUGCAAGCUUGUUGCCUAUCAUGAACAAGUAUCGCAACAUUUGUAAGGAUCUCGUCGAUCGCUACCUGACCGUGCAUCGUGAGACAUGCAAAAUGUCCUACUUGCUGGCCAAGUCAUUUACUCAGAUCGCAUCUGAGGGAUUCUGUACUCCCGCAGAAGCGUCGACGGAAGAAAGCAAAUCUGGGAAGCUGGAGAGUGGAACGGGUCUCGGCGAAGGACAAGGAGCUGAAGAUAUCAGUAACGAUAUUGGUGAUGAUGAAGACUUGUCGGAGCUUGCUCAACAGGAACAGACUGAAGAGCCUAACGAGGAUAUGGACGAGUCAGGAGACGCAACAGGCGAACACAAGAAAGAGGAUGAUGAAGAGGACGCCAGCGGCGACGAAGAGGAUGACAACAUUGAUGAGGAAGUAGGCAGUGUUGACGAUCUUGAGGAAACUGCACAGAAGGAGACCGAGAACAAAGAAGGCAAGGGACAGUCUGACAAGGAGAAGGAAGGAGAAAAUGGAGAAGGCAAGAAUGAAGAAGACCAGGAGGAAGAGGAAGAGGAAGAAGAAGAAUCUCCAGACGAUGAAGGCGAGGCUGUUGGACGCGAGGAGAUGGAUGUCACGGACCCUCAUGCCAAGGAACAAGAUGCUCUCGACCUUCCAGAAGAGAUGCAGCUUGACGGCGAUGAAAUGGAUAAAGACGAGGGCAACGAGAGUGACGAUGGCCUUGACGAUGAUGAGCAGCCUUUUGAUGGGAAAGAGGAAGAGAAUGACCCAGAGGCCGUGCAGGAAAUGAAAGAGGCCGAAGCCGAAGAGACAAAUGAGCCCGGGGAAGAAGAACCGGAAGAGGCUCAACAGGAUGAUUUCUUAACUCAACUGGCACCAAGCGAGGCUGUUAAUGGUGGACUCGGCACAUCUGGCAAUGCAGAGCAGGAGAGUGGCUCAGCUGAUCAGUCUGAUAAUAAACAAAAGACUGACGCAGGCGGCGGAGAUGAUGCCAACUGCAACGAUCCGCAGUUGCAGGCCUUCAAGAAAAUGGGCGACAUCCUCGAACAGUGGCAUCGCCGGCAAAAGGAGAUCAUGGAGGCCUCUAAACAGGAAGAGGACGAGUCAGAUCAGCCGUUGCCUCAGGAUACCGACAUGGCUGAUGCCGAUUUCGAGCAUCUUGCAGACCAAGACGAUCAAACACAGGCUCUUGAUCAAAACAAGGGUGUCGAGUCGGAUGCCAAGCAUGAGCCCCAGGACACCCUCGAGAACAAGAUGCAGGACGAGAUGCAGCUGGAUGCUGCUAGUGACUCGCACACCCAGGAGCGCACAGAACUCGAUGAGGCUCAACGGCUCUGGUCGCAUUACGAAUCCGUCACGAACGAUCUCUCACUCUCUCUAACAGAACAAUUGCGAAAGCGACUGAAUAUUAAGCGCAUCAUUCCAUAUAUUGCCUCGCAGUACAAGCGAGACAAGAUUUGGAUGCGACGUAAGUCUAUUCUUAGUAUGCUUGAAGCAGGAGAUCUUUGUGUCCUCGGAUUCGGAAACGAGGAUCACGCUGGCACACAGGUGUUCCAGCACUUCAGCUACCAGCAGACAGCUCGCUGGAAGCAAUCACCUGGCUCGGGCAAUGCUGAUCUUUGGCAGCUGGAGCUCAUUAUCUCUGACGGUAUUUGUGAAGACCAUGAGACUAUCCAGCGUCUUGUGCGCCAGGCUCAGGAAGAACGUAUCAUGAUUGUGUUCAUCAUUGUCGAUGCUGCAAGCUUUGAGCCUGAUACGGAGAGCGGCACUGGGGAGAUGAAGUUGAAGAUGAAGAGAUAUCUGGAAGGUUUCCCAUUCCCUUACUAUUUGGUUGUGCGUGACGUUCGGGAGUUACCCGCUGUUUUGGCUACGGCGUUGAAGCAAUGGUUUGCGGAGGUUGUUGAUGUUUCUUCCUAA